CUUCGAGAAAAGAGAGUUUUUAGGGGCGAGUCGCAUCGCCAGGGGGAGAACGAAGGCAUUAGGCGAGAAAGAGAGAAGCGAGCGAUAGAGCUCUUAAAACCAAGGGACCGUUGUUGCCUUCGUCUUAUAUUUUUUGAAUUGCAAGCUUGGGGGUUUCUUUGGAGCUCGAGUCGUCUCGGUCAUGGCGGCCUCCGUCGAGAACCCCUUCUCCUCGGAUCACAUCGAGAAGACGAAGACCCUCAUCGGCGCCCUCAAUCUCCUCUCCCGCAAUCUCCCCCUCCCCCCCGACGUCUUUGACGCCGUCUCCUCCAUCUACCACGACGGCGGCCGCCAUGCCGCGAACGACGAGGAGGAGGAGGAGGAGGAGGAGGAGGGAGGCGGCGGAGCCCCUCCGUCCGAAGAGGAUACGAGUUAUGGGGUUUCAACCAGUGAUAUUUUGGUAAAGGAGCUUGAAGAUGCAUUACUAAAGCAGCAAUCGAGUCAUGUGUCUUGUUCGGUAUUGGAAAAAACAAAAGAAAGUCGUUAUAAUGGUCUUAUUCAGCAUCGUCUUAUGGAGCUUGAAGUGUUGCCGUCGAGUCAGGGUGAAGACUUGCAAAUGAAGUGCUUGCUCGAACUCUAUGGUUUAAAGUUAUUAGAAUUACAGAGGAAGGUGCGAUCUGACGUGAGUGCAGAGUACUGGUUACACGAGAAAUGUGCAUAUCCUGACAAACAAUUGUUUGACUGGGGAAUGAUGCGACUGCGAUAUCCCUGUAACAUGUAUGGUAUUGGAGAUGCUUUCGCAAUGGAAGCUGAUGAUCAUCAGCGGAAAAAAAGAGAUGCUGAGAGGUUGUCAAGAUUAGAAGAGGAGGAAAAGAACCGAGUAGAGACUAAGAAGAGGAAAUUCUUUGCAGAAGUUCUUAAUGCUGCUCGUGAAUUUCAGUUGCAAGCACAAGCUGCUUUGAAACGACGUAAACAAAGAAAUGAUGGAGUUCAGGCAUGGCAUGCAAGGCAAAGGCAACGUGCUACACGUGCAGAAAAAUUGAGGUUCCAGGCACUAAAAGCAGAUGAUCAAGAAGCAUACAUGCGCAUGGUAGAAGAGAGCAAGAAUGAACGCUUAACAAUGCUUCUUGGGAAAACGAAUGAACUUCUUGUUGGUCUUGGAGCUGCUGUUCAGCGGCAAAAGGACGCAGAGCAUUUGGAUGGGCUUGAAGCUCUAAAAAGCUCUGAGUCUGAUGAUCCUUUGCAAAUCUCUAAGAGUGAAACUCCUGGAGAGUUGCCUUUAGAUGAUGAUACUGAUGUUAUCAAUGAAGAUUCUGGUCCAAAUGUGAAGGCUAAUGAUUUGCUUGAAGGACAACGACAGUAUAAUUCUGCUGUUCAUUCAAUUCAGGAAAAGGUUACAGAGCAGCCAUCAAUGCUUCAGGGUGGAGAACUAAGACCUUACCAAUUAGAAGGACUUCAAUGGAUGCUUUCUUUGUUUAACAACAACUUAAAUGGUAUACUGGCUGAUGAAAUGGGUCUAGGAAAGACAAUUCAGACCAUAGCAUUAAUUGCAUAUUUAAUGGAAAACAAGAGUGUAACUGGGCCUCACUUGAUUGUUGCUCCAAAGGCAGUGCUGCCAAAUUGGAUUAGUGAAUUUUCAACUUGGGCACCAAGUAUUGUGACGGUUCUAUAUGAUGGACGCCUGGAUGAACGGAAGGCAAUGAGGGAGGAGUAUUCAGGAGAAGGAAAAUUUAACGUGAUGAUCACACACUACGAUCUGAUAAUGAGAGACAAAGCUUUUUUGAAGAAAAUUCACUGGUAUUACAUGAUUGUUGAUGAAGGACAUCGUUUGAAAAACCAUGAGUGUGCUCUUGCCAGGACACUUGUUUCAGGUUAUCGUAUUCGACGCAGGCUACUAUUGACUGGUACCCCGAUACAGAAUAGUCUGCAAGAGUUGUGGGCACUGCUUAAUUUUCUUUUGCCCAGCAUUUUUAAUUCAGUACAGAACUUCGAAGAAUGGUUUAAUGCACCAUUUGCAGAUCGAUGUGAAGUAUCUCUUACAGAUGAGGAAGAGCUAUUAAUUAUUCGUCGUUUGCAUCAAGUUAUCAGACCAUUUUUGUUGAGAAGAAAGAAGGAUGAGGUGGAGAAAUAUCUUCCAGGGAAAACACAAGUGAUACUAAAAUGUGAUUUGUCUGCUUGGCAGAAAGCUUAUUAUCAGCAGGUGACUGACAUAGGACGGGUUGGUCUGGAAUCUGGCAUAAAAUCAAAGAGCCUCCAGAAUUUGUCAAUGCAGCUCAGGAAGUGUUGUAAUCAUCCAUACUUGUUUGUACCAGAAUAUAACAUGUGGCAGAAGGAUCAAAUUGUUAGAGCAUCAGGAAAGUUUGAAUUGCUUGAUCGCUUGCUUCCGAAACUGCAGAGAGCCAGUCACAGAGUUCUGCUUUUCUCCCAGAUGACACGUCUAAUUGAUAUUCUAGAGAUCUACUUGCAGCUGUAUGAUUUCAAGUACCUUAGGCUUGAUGGAUCAACCAAGACUGAAGAACGAGGGUUAUUACUCAGGCAGUUCAAUGCACCUGACUCUCCCUACUUCAUGUUUCUCUUGAGCACUCGAGCCGGUGGUCUUGGAUUAAACUUGCAGACUGCAGAUACUGUGAUCAUCUUCGACAGUGAUUGGAACCCUCAAAUGGAUCAACAGGCAGAGGAUCGUGCGCAUCGUAUUGGGCAAAAGAAGGAAGUUCGUGUCUUUGUGUUGGUUAGUGUUGGAUCGAUUGAAGAGGAAAUCUUGGAACGUGCAAAACAGAAGAUGGGUAUCGAUGCGAAGGUCAUCCAGGCAGGAUUAUUCAAUACUACCUCCACUGCACAAGACAGGCGAGAAAUGUUGCAAGAGAUCAUGCGGAGAGGCACAAAUUCUCUUGGAACAGAUGUGCCAAGUGAGAGAGAGAUAAACCGCCUUGCAGCACGGACUGAAGAGGAGUUCUGGCUGUUUGAGAAGAUGGAUGAAGAGAGACGGCAAAGAGAGAGAUACAGGUCAAGGUUGAUGGAGGAAAAUGAGGUGCCUGACUGGGUAUAUCCUAAAACUAGUGAACACAAACCUAAAGGGAACCAAGGCCUAGAUAGUGAGAGCAAUCAGGUCACUGGGAAGAGACGCCGUAAAGAGGUUGUUUAUGCUGAUUUACUUAGUGAUGUCCAGUGGAUGAAGGCUGUGGAGGAUGGAGAAGACUUGUCCAAAAUUGCUGCAAGAGGAAAGAGGAGGGAACAUCCCCCCGAUGCAUAUGAAUCUGCUUCUGAUGAUGCAGGCGGGCAGAGUAUUUCCGAGCAAAGGAACAUGAGCAGGUCUACAGUGAGUGAAGAUGGCAGUGAUGAUGUGUUGAGCAGAACACCAAGAAAAUUCAAGACUGGAUUUGUGCUGCCUAACAAAGAUGAAGAUGAGGGUGAAGGUGAAGGUGAUACCAGCAGCUGGCAAGAAAACAUUGUUACCUGGAGGACCCACAAGAGAAAGCGCUCGAGCCAUGGCUUCUCCAACUCAACUUCAGAUGUAAAGGGACAAUAGGUUUGCUAGCAUAAACCGGAAUUUUGUUGCUUGCCAGGUGUUGAAUGAGGCAACCAUUUAGAAGUGAAUGUGCAUUGCUUGGUCUAGCAAUUUUCCCCCUCUUAUUUGAGAAAGGCACUGCACCCAGUUUCAUCUAUAUAAAUAAAGAUUAUUGAUUUAAUGCGCUUCAUGGUGAGAACUGAUGGCUGCUGCAAUGCAGGUCAUUUGCUGGCGAAAUGUCAUUUAGAACCAUAAGAAUGCUUUGUAAUUUUUCAUUUCAUAACUUAAGCUCACCCACAAAGUUCUGAAACUACUCUUUUAGGUACCAUCCUUAAUUAUUUUCAAUAGAAGUGAUUGACUUGCUGGUGCAUAAAA